AUGAAGACGCAGCCGCUACGAUAUCAGAGUCUUAAAGUUGUAUUACUUUAUAUGGAAGAAAAUGUUAGGAUCAAAAUAUCGCAGAGACUGCCAACGAUACGCUUAAUAGAAAAUCUCGUACCUCUUCGAAUUCGGUAUCUCAGUCUCAGUAGUACCGACACAUCUAUUAACGAUACAAAAUAUUUUGUGGGAGUCUAUCGAGUUUUUCAGUCUGACCAAAUUAUUCCCAAGACGGUUGAAUCUCAAAAUAAGAAUGGUGGAGUCCAAUAUGAUUUGGAUAAUUUUGGCUUUCAAGCUCCACCGAAUUAUAUUCUGGAAGCUGGUGACGUGGCACUCAUAGAUUUGAACGGAGAGCUCCUUCGUCUCGAUACGGAUGAAGUUGAAGAAAGACAAUCACAACGUUUGAGAGAUUAUGAAACGGCGUUGGCACUUAAAAACAAUUCAAUGGAUACGGAAGCUGCUGUAGAAGAACUACCAGAGAACAACGAUCAAGAUAUUGCAAACAAUGCUAGGAUACGUCGUCUAUCUAACUAUUCAGUUGAAAGUCUGAACGAAAGUAUUGCAUCUCAACGUCAUGCCCUCCUUCCAUUCCAUUACCGCCGUCACAACUUGACUCCACCGUAUACCUGUUAUAUCCAAUUGACUGUGACGACUAAAAGAACCGAAAAGCAUAUUCAACGAUAUAAGUACACGAAGAGUAUUUAUGAAGCAGCAAAGCAACUCAACACAAUUCUAUUUGGAGGUAGACAAGGCGCUAUUCAAGUUCGAGACUUUACAAUGCCUUGGUGUUCGAUUUUGAGAGUGCCAGUUGGAUUUAAAAUUAGAGUCAAAUGCAUAGAAAAAAUAGUCGAGAUGUCAUUGCGAUAUAAUCCAAUACUUUCAAUAAUCGACAGUUCCAGCUUUCCACUGGAUAAGGUCACUAUCUCUCCUAUAUUUGAGGCCGAUCUCGGUGUGAAUGAUUUCCAUUUACCAGCAAUCAGAAGUGCGAAGUUACUAAAAAUAGAAGAUGGUAGUUUUGCGCCCGGUUUGCUACCAUUGCUCAGAACUGUCCCGAAUCAAACUGUCAUUUUGAUAUAUUCUCUAGUUUCUUUCCAAGCUGAUGAUUAUUUCGCGUUGGCAAGGAGCUGGCUCAAUGACAAGCGACCUGUUGGAACUUGUUAUUUGUUUCCAAUCCAGGAAGACGAACCAGUUCAAGAUCUUUUGAAAUUAAUUAGGACUCGCAUGGAAAAUACGAAGAGAACGAAAAGAUGUGUAACCGUUUCCAUGGGACACUCAAACAGAUUGGAAGUGUAUUAUGUACCAGCUAAAACUCAUAAAAAUCCCGACGUUUGGCGUUUUGUACAUAAAUGGAUUCUCACUAUGAGAGUUGUACGCGUUCGAUAA